AAAUGACGGAAUAAAAGCGCUGUCUUCUUCCUUCGGUGUCCUCUUCCUGUUAGGGUUUUCGAAGUUGCAGUGAUUUCACGCAUCGUACGAACUUUGAUUAAUGCGUUUUCAGUGACCAACUCUCUAAGAAGAUCGCGAUUCCCCCAAAGCUUAUUUAUUCUAUCUGGUGGAAUCCGCGCUGCGACACGUGGCAAUGGCUUAUGUGGAUGAAGAUGGUUCUUCUGGCUCUGGUGAAGACGUGCAUAUGUUGGAUGGACACAAGCGUCAUCAGGUUGUUGUGCCGUCUGGUUCCGGUGGUCGGAAGCGGAGCCGCAAGGCUAACGGUGAUGCCAUUGUGGAUGCCAUGCUGGAGAUUGCUGCUGCUUCAAAGAUGAGGGCCAAUGCAAUUUUGAAGAAUGAGGACAGGUUCUCCAUAAGCAAGUGCAUUAAGGUGUUGGAUGAGUUGCAAGGUGUUGAUGAACAGCUCUACUUUCUUGCUUUGGAUUUGUUUGAGAACAACUCCAGUGCCCGUGAGAUUUUCAUCUCUCUCAAGGGUGAGAGGAGGUUGCCAUGGUUGCAGUGCAAGUUGAGUGCCCCCCAUAGUUGAAAUUGUUUGUGAAAAUGAUUGAAUUAUUUUGUACAGUCAAGCAGGUUGAAGAGGGGAUGUAUAUAGUUUUGAAAUUUUGAAUGUUGUUUCCCCAAUCCCAUGAUAUUAAGUUUAUUGUUGGGAUUGCUGUGUUACGCAUAAUGGGAAAUUUGAAAUGCUUUCUGAAAGUAUGAAACAGAUACAUCAGAAUGGCAUGCAAUUUUUGC